UAUUCCAUCCAGAAUGCCAUAAUGAAUGGGACAGCUACAGUGAUUCACCUGAACCAAUAGGAGAGGGUCAGCAGCAAGUCCCAGAUGUCAAUUAUGGUGAAGAGGAUUAAGAACGUGAGUGAACUGAAAGAAUUGUUCAGCAAUGCUGGAAACAAGCUUGUGGUGGUAGAGUUUUCAGCAAAAUGGUGUGGCCCCUGCAAAACAAUUGCUCCUGUUUUCCAGGCAAUGUCUUUAAAAUACCAAAAUGUCACGUUUGCUCAGGUGGAUGUGGACUCGUCUAAGGAAUUAGCUGAACAUUGUGACAUCAAAAUGCUACCCACAUUCCAGAUGUUCAAGUACACCAAAAAGGUCACUCUAUUCUCAAGACUCAAAAGAGCACUGUGCUGUCUCAGAAGUGGACCGAAGAGCAAGAUGAUUUUUGAAUGUCAUGGAGCUGAUGCUAAACAACUGGAAAAGAAGAUUCAAGAGCUAAUGUAAACGGCCACCCAAAUCUACCUGUGACAUUUCCUAAAGCAGCAGCUAAUGCUCUGUGUCUUGCAUGCCCUGCGAGCUGUUCUCCUCUCUCCUGACGUUCUGUCGGAAGAACGCAGCAUUACAGGACCAUGCUUGA